AUGAGAAGUCAAAUUCAAAUAUACACUUCAAAUGGUAGACAAAGUAGAUUUGAUGUUAGUAAGGAUCGAGUUAAUUCGGACGAAGAUAAAGAAAAGAUUAAAGAAAAUACGGAUACGGCAGAAACACGCACUGCAAGUGAGAGGCCUGGUAGGUUGGGAUUCUCGGGUAAUAUUCCGCCAAAAUUCAUCACUGAAAUCACGAAAGAAUUCGUUUUCAAACAGAACAAUCGGAUUGGUUUAUCGUUGAGUCGUUCGAUGAUAGUGACAAAAAUAGAAGAAUGUUCAGUGUUCGCUGAUAAAUUGAAGUUAUUCGAUUUUAUUCAUUCGAUUAACGAGAAACCGGUCGAGGGUAAAACCGCGUUCGGGAAGUUGGUUAGAAAAGCGAAACGAUCCAACGAAAUGUUCAAAUUGAACAUUCGUCGAUUAAACUGGAAUCUACCAACUGAAGUACUGCCAGAAGGAUAUGAUAAUGUACCCGGUUAUGCUUAUUUUCUCGCUCUGUUGGUUACAAUUCCCGGUACUGAUAUUGGAAUGAGUAUAAGAUCGUUCAACAGUAAAGUUUACGUCACAAAUAUCGAGCAACAAAGUAUGUCAUCGAGAUCAUGUCUCGUCGGCGAUUGUAUUGUCGCUGUCAACCAAACGCCUGUCACAACUGUCGCAACUUGCCGAAAUAAAAUGAUUACCAGUUUAACUGCUAAGGCUUAUUUGGUGUUAACACUGGAAAGGCCAGUCGAUAAACAAGCUGUACGUGUCGUUAAAUUCGCUCUUACCGUGGAGAAAGCACCUCAUUUGAAUCCAAGAAUGGCAAUCGAUACAACAAAAAUUGGCCUUGAUGAAGCCAAUAAAAUCAAGACGUCAACAGUGGCUGUACCAACACGAAGCAUUUAUCGAAGCAAAAUACGGAAAUUAGGAGCACCACCAACGCCCCGUGAGCAGAUCAAAAACGUGCUCGUGAGCAUAAACGCUGAAUCGCAAUUCACCACCAUAAUGGCCGAUCCGUACAAUCCACUUCUAAUGGAAGCCGUUCCACCGAAGCGCAUGGAUACCUUCUACGCCCAAGUGAAGUCCACGCCAUCGUCUCCAUCACAUUCAACGUCAACCACCGACUCAAAACAAUCACUACAUUCCGCAUCAUCACACAAACCUCCAAGUCAACGACAUUCUGCAUCCGUUCCAAGUAAAAAAUCCUCUCGACUCAUGCCACCAUCUCAUCGAUCAGUACGAUAA